CGCCUCGUGUUCUUCCUCAACCUGUACCACCUCAUGGUCGUCCACGCGAGUUUGCUGGGGCUGAUGCCCAAGUCCAAGACCCAGUGGGGGAGGUUCUUCAACGGCGCGAGCUACCGACUCGGAGUCACGGACGAAGACCCGAGCGGCCUGCUCUUCUCUCUGGCGGAGAUCGAGCACUGCAUCCUUCGAGCGUCCAUGUCGUCGCUGCGGUUCCCAUUGGCGUCGCUUGUCAUCCCGCGGUUCAACGAGCGCAGCGACCCGCGGGCGUGUCUGACGCUGCGCUCAUGCGACUUCCGCAUCAACUUCGCGCUCAACUGCAUGACGUUCUCAUGCCCGGACCGCGUCCCGGUGUACGACCGCGCGAACCUCGACGCUCAGCUGGACGAGGCCACGCGCCAAGUGGUGACGCGAGUGCUCCGCUACGACGAGAAGACGUGCGUCGUGUAUCUGCCCAAGUGCUGCGACUGGUACCGCGGAGACUUCGCGGCUGCGGCGGAC